AUUUAAUCGAGCACCAGGAGAAUGGCAGCCUGCAAACGACCUUUAGCCAGUUAUCGUUAACUUUGUAACUAUUAAUUUUACGUAAUUGUGCUUGCAGUGGCCCUGGCGAGCGACUGAAUGACAGACGAUUAAAGGAUUGAAAAUGAGUAUAUUUGCAUCUGGAAGACGCAUGAUUUCUGGGGUUCCAGUAUGGAGAUGUCUUCAACAGAUAACCAGAGCACCAGACUACACAACGAAAGCUCAGCUACUCUGUCACUCUCAGGCCUCCCCAGUGUUGUUUCCAUCCAGGCAAACUUGCAGCAGCGGGUUGUUGAGCAUCAGGCCCGUGAGCUGGUCUGCCUCACGCCUCUGCCACGGGGAUUCACGAGGUGCCUCAGAGAGAGCUGACAGCAAAGGGGGUUUCAGUUUGAGGGCCCUUACUGAGGCUCCCAAACCAGCCUUGUACCUCGGCUUCUCUGGGCUCAUCCCUUUCAUGUCUGCCCCUCUCCUGAUGGCUGCCACGCAGUCCUUCUACCCUGAACUGGCAUUUGCUCAAGUGGUUUACGGAGCCUCGAUAGUCUCCUUCCUUGGAGGUGCCCGCUGGGGGUUUGCCAUCCCAGCCGGUAGUCCUGCUCAGCCUGACUGGAUGAACCUGGGCAACAGUGUGGUGCCCUCACUUCUUGCCUGGCUGGCACUGCUCUGCAGGGACAAUAUUGCAGAGGGAGCCCUGGUAGUUAUUAUGGGACUGGGUCUGUCUCUGCAUUACGACCUGACCCUGCUGCCUGGUUACCCCUCCUGGUUCAAAGCCAUGCGAACUGUCCUCACUCUUGUUGCCACCUUCUCCCUGGUGGCUACCCUUACAAUUAAAAAAUUCUGCUCUGAGAAAAAGAUCAAAGAGAUUCAGAACUGAUUUAAAAGGACGGUUUGAAUGUUGAGCCACACAGACUUAAUAAAAAUGUAAAAUCAAGUGCAGACCUGCAGACAGUGGUUUGUUUAUGCUGUCCACCAUCUCACAGCAGUUACUUUGUUACUUGUUACAGAGACCUAAAUAUUGCACCAGUUACGUAAAUACGUAUGUUUUCCGACAUCACAACCCAGUGUCUGUAUGUAUCACAAUUAGUUUUACUGGGGGUUGACAUUUCAUGGAAACGUUACAUCAGGGUCAAACAGCCUUGAUGCUGCACAGUGGCAGACCUCAGACAAACAGAUGAUUGCAGAACCCAGUCAAAAGGGCACUAGAGAGUCGAUGACAACAAACUGCACUGAGCAGUACACUUUUUCAAUUAACCAGAAGCCAUGUUGCCACUGUAGUUUGCUUGUUUGUGAAAUGCUGAAAGUCCUCUGUUACAAACAUAUACAGUCAACUCAGGAUGUGUUUGCCAUGUUUAAACUCAGUGUGAUGUCUACAGUGGAGAGUCCUUGAUACUCACUGAGUACUAAGUAAUCUGAAUUUUCCUAACAAUAGAGCAACUGAACAGAUUCCAUUUUUAGGCAAAGACUGCAAUCAUACUUGUCUGACCUAACACACAUUCAUACCAUCACUUAGUACAUCAGGGAGGCAUUGUCAACAAUCCCACAGUGACUAUCUUGUUAAUUUUAAAUGAGGAAUGUGGGUUAAUAUUAAGCCCAGCACACAUUUAACUCUUCUGAAGUUUAUUAAGUCUGAAAUCAACCAAUAAAAGACAUUAUUACUGUUGUGUAACAAUAUUCUGUUGUCUGCUAAGAGAUGCAACAAUACAUGAUAGGAAAUACUGUUAAUGUGCAACUGCUCCACUCUGCUGGCAAAUGUGAUGAGCUCCAACAUCCAGAGGAAACAUGAUAACUUAGCAUGAAGAAGGUAAACACAUUCAUAAACUUGUGCAUUGUCUUUUAGUUAUGUCGUGUACCUUAACAUCAGAAAGUUGAAAUGUGAGUUGAAUUAAUUUCAGGUGCCACUGAUGAGUGAAAUGAUGAAUGGUGACAAAGAGGCACUAAUAUUUACAGUAUCAUAUAUACAAAAAGGAUCCAGUGAAAAUUACUGAGCGAUAACUGCACAGUGGUGUGCUGUUCAAGUGUAUAAUUAUUUACAGAAAUCACUUACCACGGAACUUUGGUCCCAUAUUAAAUAGGCUCAAGUGGUCUGAUAAAUCUUCCAAGUAGCAAAGCACUCACCUCAAACAUUUCUUUGUGGAAAAAUAAAAA